AUAUUGUAAUAAUUAAUAUUAAAUUGACGUCUCAAAGUCUAAAUAUCUUUUGAGUCUACGUUAUUUCCUAAUUGUUAUAGUAUUAUUAAUCAUUACCCUUUACAUUAAUUUACAUAUUUAACGUUUAUUAUUCACAAACUAUCUUUAAAUUUAUUUUUGUGCUCAUAACUAAACAUAUUUAAAAUUAUGGAUGUAGAUGAUAAUUUCCCAGCUGCUAAGCGCAUCAUUAAUGAAAUUCAAAGUAUAGUCAAUAGUGAUUCAAAACUGAAAGAAUUUGAUCUAGUCAUCCAACCAGAAAGUCAAAAUAAAUCUCCAGUGAUAUAUGUAGACCAUUGUUUAGGUCUAGAGUCGUGGUGUGUACGUCAUGUAUAUGAAUAUGUCUACCAAAAACUUAUUUCUGUAAGAAAACGAUUAAAAAGACAAGUAUACAAUGAAACAAUACCAUUGCUUACAUCUGCUCUCUUAUUAAAUCCAGAAGUCUUGACAUUUUGGAAUAUGAGACGAGAGUUAAUUCUUGAUGGAUACCUGAAACCAGAUGAUGAAUUACGAUUUUCAGCUGUUGUUUUAACAUUUAAACCUAAAUGUGCUGAAAUAUUCACUUACAGAAGAUGGAUAUUUUUUAACAUUUUAAAAGAUUUUAGCUCUAACCAUAUUAUACGCAAUGAGUUAACCAUAGGAUUAACAGCUGCUGCUGGCUAUCCAAGUAAUUACAAUGCAUGGAAUCAUUGUUUUUGGUUUAUCCAAAAAUCACUUGAACAAGACAACUUUUCUUUGAUUUCCCAUGAAUGGGAAAAAACUAAAAUUUGGUGCAGUGAACAUGUAUCCGACCAUAGUUGUAUGCAAUACAGACAACGAUUACUUAAAUGUUUAGUUGCUGAUAAAAGGUGCUUACAGCACUUAGAAUGUUGUACAUCUAAAUUACUUAUGCGGUUUUUUAAUUCUGAUGAAAGACAUAAACUUAUGAGGCCAUCAGAAGAAUAUUUUGAUGAUGCUAUUGGUGUUGCUUUAGAUGAAUUAUAUUUCAAUGAAGAUCUGAUUGUGAUGUAUCAAAAUCAUGAAUCUCUAUGGAAUCACCGAAGGUUUUUAUGUUAUUUAUUAGUUAAUAUUUAUAAAAUUGAUUGUAUUAAAGAAGCAUUAAUGAAUAAUGAAAAAAGAAUUUCUACUAAAUUAUUAAAAAGUAAUGAGUUGUAUGUUAAAAAACAUAUUUUGUGGCUUCAAACAGUGUUAAGCAUUCCUAUAAAAAUAAUUUAACUUUAAUAACUAUUAUAAAUUUAUU